AUGGAGUAUGCUGAAGAUGGAAGCUUGCAUCAAUAUUUGUUAAAUAAUUUUGAAAAUAUUACUUGGCAAGAUAGAAUUGAAAAAUUAUACCAUAUUGCAUCAGGGUAUUGUGCAUUUGGCAAGUGGUAUAAAAAUAAAGAAAAUGAAGACCAAUUUAAUGACGCAGAAGAAAGUAGGAACAUUAAUAUGCAGCUUAAAUUAAUAACUCAAGAAUUAGAAAAUAGUAAAAUUCAUCCAAGGGCAUCAUAUAAAGCUCGACCAUUUGAUCAAAUAUUCGGACAACACUCUCAACGACCUAAACCAUCAAAUUCCAUGCGACAUUCAAGAGAUAAAACGUUGGAAAUACAGAGUAUUUAUCAUUGA